GAGAAUUUAUAUUAAGCGCUUUACACACUGAUGGCAGUUAUCUGAAAACACCUGACAGACUAAAUGACUAAGAUCGACUAAUAUAUGCUUCUUUCAAAAUGAUAAAUAGGCUGAUACAUUGUGGAUAUUAAAUUAUGAUAUUUUCGCUUUUUUUCCACCACAACGAAAAGAAGAAAAUUAUCUAUUCUAUAACUUUUUAAAAAACUUUUUAAACCUGCCACCAUGGAGUCUAAUAAAAAGCAGUUGACACUUAAUCUGUUGAUGUCUGUGGGGACUGCUGUGAUUGGCUCCUUGCAGUUUGGCUACAACACAGGAGUCAUCAAUGCCCCUCAGAAGAUCAUCGAAAUCUUCUACAAUGAGACAUGGCAACGUAGAUAUUCAGAGCCCAUACCGCCAACCACUUUAACUACGCUCUGGUCGGUAUCAGUGGCCAUUUUCUCUGUAGGUGGCAUUUUUGGCUCCUUCUCGGUGGGCCUCUUUUUAAACCGCUUUGGCAGGAGGAACUCAAUGCUCAUGGUUAAUGUUUUGGCCUUCAUAUCUGCUGCUUUAAUGGGCUUUUCCAAGCUGGCUGCAUCCUGGGAAAUGCUUAUUAUUGGACGCUUCAUCAUCGGUCUUUACUCUGGCCUGUCCACAGGCUUUGUACCAAUGUAUGUAGGGGAAAUCGCCCCAACUUCAUUACGUGGGGCGCUUGGUACACUUCAUCAGCUUGGUAUUGUUACAGGCAUCCUCAUGGCACAGAUCUUUGGUAUUAAAGAAAUCAUGGGGACUUCAACAAUGUGGCCCUUCCUACUUGGCUUUACUUUCAUCCCAGCCUUACUGCAGUGUGCCAUACUGCCCUUCUGCCCCGAGAGCCCACGCUUCCUCCUCAUCAACCAGAAAGAGGAGGCCAAAGCUAAGACUGUGCUGAAGAAGCUGCGUGGCACUGAUGAUGUGGAAGAAGACAUGCAGGAGAUGAGGGAAGAGAGCAGGCAGAUGAUGAGGGAGAAGAAGGUCACCAUCCCUGAGCUGUUCCGCUCAUCGCUCUACCGCCAGCCCAUCUUCAUUGCCAUCAUGCUGCAGCUCUCCCAGCAGCUCUCCGGUAUCAAUGCUGUUUUUUAUUACUCUACCGCUAUAUUUGAGAAAGCAGGGGUGUCUGAGCCAGUCUAUGCUACCAUUGGUGCUGGAGUUGUGAACACAGCAUUCACAGUGGUGUCGCUGUUCAUAGUGGAGCGAACUGGCCGAAGAUCACUCCAUCUUGUUGGGCUGAUGGGAAUGGCUGCGUCUUCUGUUCUCAUGACCAUAGCUAUGGCGCUACUAGAAGAAGUGAAAUGGAUGUCGUACGUCAGCAUUGUAGCCAUCUUCAGUUUUGUGGCAUUUUUCGAGAUCGGACCAGGCCCGAUCCCAUGGUUCAUUGUGGCAGAACUUUUCAGUCAAGGCCCCAGGCCCUCUGCCAUCGCUGUCGCUGGUUUCUCCAACUGGUUUGCCAACUUCUUGGUGGGAAUGUCCUUCCAGUAUAUUGCGGAACUGACUGGCCCGUAUGUUUUCAUCAUCUUCACUGUCCUCCUGCUGAUAUUCUUCGUCUUCACCUACUUCAAAGUUCCUGAGACCAAAGGCCGAUCAUUUGACGAGAUCUCAGCAGGCUUUCGCUCAGGGGCAGAGAAGUACACCCGAGAUGAUCUGAAUACACUGGGAGCAGACUCACAGCUCUGAGCUCUGCGUCAUGUUUAUACAGUACUAAACGAACCAAGUGACUGUCCUGUUCACAAUGGCAAACUACGCUAUUACUCCUACUAGGAAUGCAGUAGGUUGUUAAGUGUUUACUUUACAUAUUUUUCCAAUUGCAUUGAAUACCCUGCUGAGUUUUGCCCUCAGUUUUGCUUGAGAACGUCAUGGCCAGCCCUAUACCAGCUCUAACCAGCAUAAACAGGUCUGGAUCAACUUGAAAUUCAUGCUGGUUUAUGCUGGAUUGUUCAGCAGGGUACUCAACUGACUUGCCAAACUGUGCAAUUAUUUGACCAGCACACACUACUUCUAAAUAUUUACUCAUUAUUUCACUGGACUGACAAAAGAGUGAAUAUUUAUAUACAAAGUUAUAUUAAAUAUUGCAAAAUAACCAUAUUUAUUUCUGAGAUCGUAACCAGACACCUUUCUCUAAUGUAAAACAACCAACAAUGUAACAACUGUGUACCUGUCUACAGUUUAAAAAAAAAAAUAUUUGUAGCAUACAAUCUUUCCACACAUUUACAUAUUUUUAGAUACUGUACUAUUAUUUUUCACAUACCAUAUUUUAAAAAUAAUAUGCUGUAUAAGUAUGGUGUAGCAUGCAGUAUUUUAGUAUUACACUUCAGAUACAGGAGCACAGUGGCUAUAGUGGCUAAACUGCAAUGUCUUUUUUUUCUCACACCUUAACCUUCACUUUUCUGAAAUGGUGAAUAGCAUCUAAAUCUAAAUAAUAAUCAGAAUUUCUGUAAGUUCACAUGUAUAUGAAUAAGGUUAUUGUACUUGUGAUCUACUAGAUGAUUUGAAUGAUUUUAUUUGCACAAUUUAACUUAAAGAUGUAUUUUUUCUUAGACUUUUAACUGUUUUAACGAUUCUUUGCUAUUGUCUAGUUAACACAUGAUGACUUCUGACAUGUCUGCUGAUGUUAUAUCAAUCAUAAUUAUGUUAGAAUUGCAUAUUGCAACAUAAUGGUGUCAGAUUUUGAUACAUGUUUAUUAAUACUUGAACUGUAGCUUUACCAAGGAGUGUCAAGAUACUAACACAAGGAAUAGGCUACAAACGCAAAACAAUUAUUGCACUCCUGCUUUUCAAACGUGUGGAUUUGGUCUCCAAUACUCUGAGGUUUUAUGCACAUGCUAGGCAUUAUGAAAUGAAACAGGCUUCUAAAAUUUCUUAUGUACAAAAUAUGUGUUUUUAUGUAUAAAGUUAUAUGUGCUACAUUCAUCCAGAGGAUGUAAAUAAGUUCAGGUUUACUAAAGCAUUUUGUAAUAGAUAUGCUUUUUAACUUCCUAAAAGAUGAGAUAUGGUUUUGUUCAAUAUGUCAUAGAAAUUGCAUUAGAAAUCCAACACAAGUGCCAAGACAUGUCCUUGCUGGGUAUCCUACAUUUUCUAAAUAAUAGAAUUUUAGUUGGAAAUAAAUCAAAUAAACAAAACUGCAACAGAGAAUUAAAUGUUCUUAUUUUAUUUAUUUUUUUAGUCUCUGUUUAGAUCAUUGCUUAGUAAUGUUUAAAUAAAUUAAAGGUGUUUAAAAUAAAUAAAAUUCAUAAAUAAAUCCACAAUUAUUCCCAA